AUGGCUUCGCGUCUUUCUCCUACAUGUGCAGAAACGGUACAUUCCGCCGCUGGAGCGCCGCCCAAAGGCCGCAGCGCGAUUUUAGUCAAGGGUCGCCGACGUUCCAGGAAGGCCUGCAUUGGAUGUCGACAUCGGAAAGUUCGGUGUGACGUGACAAUGAGGGGUGUACCAUGCACAAACUGCCAGCUUGACUGCAAAAGCUGCGAAGUCAAAGACAGAGCGUCCAGGAGGCCACUCCCCACCAGCGAAGGCAUACAGCACAUGUUUGACAGCUAUGUCCUCCCGUCGAGAGAAGAGUGCGAGUCCGAACCACCGGUUUGGGGGUUGUCGAUGGAGCUAUUCGACGACGAGCUAGAGAUGGCAGCGGACACACCAUCAGCUUCAAGAGGCAACCACAACCAUGGCCAAACCAUUCGGCAGCCAUCUCCAUCAAGUGUUAUAGAAGCAGACACUGGUCAUGAAAUCACUCCGCGGCAGGUUUCUUUCUUAACAUCAGAUGGUACCUCUGGUCAAGAGACACUGCCUGCUCCCUCGUGUCCCAAUUACUCUACACUACAUGAUGGCUCCGGCACCUCCCCAACUGGCGAAGAGGUCUCAAUUUUACUACACCGUCAAGGGGUCGGCGGCUACAGAUUGGUUCCUGACCCUGUAAUGGUCCCCUACUCGUCGUAUCCGUUCCUCACUAUCGGCAGCUUGGCGGAUCUCUCUUCAGAAGAUGUUGCAUUUCUCAAGCUCAAAGGAGCGUUUUCUAUCCCUGCGAAACCAGUGCUAGAUGAGUUCCUACGUCAUUAUUUCUUGCACGUACAUCCAAUCUACCCCUUGAUCGAUGAGGGUGAAUUUUGGAACACAUAUCGCCAAGAUAAGCCGGCAGGCGCCGGUGGCAAGAUCCCCCUUUUAUUGUUCCAGGCCAUGAUCUUUGCGUCUUCCAGUUACUUGCCACUACUGGUAAUCAAGUCUAUGGGAUACGCUGGCAUUCGUUCAGCGAGGGCAGCAUUUUACCACAAGUCAAAGCUGCUUUAUGACUUUUCUACUGAGAAAGCAUCCAUUGUGGUCGCUCAGGCUGCAGUGCUGAUGUCGUUAUGGUGCACUUCCGACCCGACCCCGGUACAGCCGAAUGCCAUAUGGCAUCAGAUUGCGAUCCAACACGCUCGGGCUGCGCAUGCCCACCUCGCCUGGGAACCACCUGUGAGCGUAGUCACGGCUGAUUCUCGACCGGAGCACGAGUAUCGAAUGCUCAGGAGACUCUGGUGGUGUUGUGUGGUCCGCGACCGCGUCUUGUCGGUAGGCUUGAGGCGAACUCCCCUGAUCGCCAACUCACAGCCAAUACUCUCCAUAUCAGACUUUGACGGCGAUAUUGGCCAAUCUGAAGUUAUCGACUCCAAAACGCAGCGGUCAAUGGUUCUCAUCUUUAUGAGGGUCAUGCACCUGUGCAACAUCCUACCUAAACUUUUACAUUUAGGGCCGUCAUAUGACCAUACCGAUCUCCAGGAUCAAAACGAAAGCACUUUGAUGGAAUGCAGAGUCUCCUUGCGAGACUGGUUCGUGCAAACCAAGAUUGAGAUUGAUACGGCCAACUGUGGGCUCCGCCACCACUCCACGAUUGUUCAUACGAACCAUAUGUAUAUCUUCUACUAUGCUUGCAUAUCACUCCUGAGCCGCCAAGAAGCACUUCUCAACUACUCUCAACCUCAGACACCCACUCAAGGUUUGCCUCGGAACUCCGAACGGGGUCACGAGAUACAAGAAGCAGCAUUAGGCAUAGUAGAAUGCUGCGAGGAGCUCACUCAACUGGACCUUACUCGUUAUCUACCGAUUAGCGCGUUGGCAUUGAUAUCCAUCCCACUGCUCUUUCACCUCCUUGAUGCCAAAUUUCUCUAUUCUGAGAAUCUCAAUGCCGACAUCAAAUCAAGGCACCACCGCCUUCAGGUGCUUAUCAAUACCAUCAAAGAAUAUCGAUUGCGCUACGAUGGUGUUGAGUGGAUAAGCUUUACUCUGCACUAUGUGGUCGACCUUGCCCAGCCUCAAUUAUCUCUCGUUCCGAGAAGCUCAGUGGCUAGCUGGACUGAUCUCUCGGCUAAGGAGCCGACCUUCUGUCUCGUCCUGACCUUGACUGUUGUCCUAAGCCUAAGUCAAUUCAGAAUCCCCGAGGAUAGGGACUUCCCUGUUAGCCUUAGAGGAGUUUUGAGGCCUGAGGCAGGCCCUGUGCGAGAGCUCGCCUUGUAUUGGCCAUGCGCGGAUAGAAGGCCACGAAAACCAGUCAGUCGAGACUCCUGCGAUUUCGAACUGCUCGCUAUGCCACCCUCCAAUUCUCCGAAAAGAUAUUCUCAGCCGAAAGGAAAAAAUUGCUCGCAGAGUCAACUCCGCGGACACGUGUGCCUUGAAGAUAUUCUUAUUACCGAAGAUGAAAAUCCUUCCAACCAAGACGAAGAGACUAUUGCACAGGAGCUACUGUCGAGCUUUCCUGAGGUGACAAAGUCGAGUGAGGGCGAUGGCCGGUUCCCCAGCCUGAUUGAUCCGAACGAAGCUCAACUCUUCAUGGAGCCAUUCGAUGUGCUAUCAUAUGAUGAGCUAAUCAACUGCGAGGGCGAUUCUGAUACAUUAACGACCUCUGAUUUUGCAAUUUCCAUUAGUUGUUUGGAAUAA